AUGAUCCACCGGAGUGAAGCGAGCAAGGCGAAAGAUCGCAAAAGAGCCGCAGCACGUUGGUUUUAUCGAUAAAAAUAGUUUUAAACUAUUUUUCAGUUGGUCCAAACACAGCAAGCAAGAGGUUUUGCGAUUUUGAGGAAAAGGUGGGAGACGCCUCUGGGCAUUGAUUUGAAAUCACUUUCAGGUCAAAAAAAGAGGCACACCUUUUACUGACGGACUUUUCCAAAAAACGACGGUCGAAAAGGCGUUCGCAUCAGCUUCGCCGCCCGUCGACCCUUGUACUUGGUUAGUCUCGGAAAUUCAGCUCAAUUACACGAUUUUUUUCAGUCCUAUAUGCAUGAGAACGUACAGCGAGCCGUACAUGACGUACUGUGGUCACACUUUUUGCUACGAAUGCAUCCAAUCUGCUUUGGAACUGAAAAAAGAGUGUCCUACUUGUGGCGCUGCCGUUUCGAAUCAUCGGGCCAAUGAAGUGCGGAUUUUCACUCAUUAAAAGAGAGAGAGACAAAAUUUUAAACGAUCUGAAAGAUUCGCGAAGAAGUUUUUCCUUUUCCAGCAUCUAUCAAUGAGUGCGAAGUUCAUUUUUAAAAGCUUUGAAAGUUUUGAAAAAUGGUAGAUUAGAAAAAGAAUCCAGAAAAGGGUGCCGGAAAGCCGAUAUAUAGAUGUAUAUUUUUUUAAAGGAGCGAAGAAAAAGUUCAUCGGAAUUGAGAGGUUAACAGAAUAUUCCUUGAUUUUUCAGCCUUUUCCUGGAAAGCUUAUUCUAUUUAUCCAGGUUAUAUUCUCUACACAAUAAUGCUUGAAAAACCUUUUCUUCUCAAAUUUGAUCUUUUCAGAGCGGCGUACCUGGCUUGAUACCUAAUUUCGCCAUGACCAAAGUCGCCGAACACGUCGUCACGAGUACUAGAGUUCUCAAUAGCAUUAAAUUUAAAAUGGUGUCUCGGAAUCACUUCGGUGAUGUCAUAAAACUUGCUUAUUAAGAGAAUCAAUCCGGAGAAGAAGGAAGACUUCGUCAAGCUGUUACUCCACACUGAUUUGUCCGAAGAGACGACGGCUGAACUACUGACGGCCUUGAAACAAAAGCACGAAUACUCGCAGGAUCUGCAACGCAGAAUCAUGACAAAAGUCAUGGGUUAGGGAUUUAUAUUUAAAAAAAACUAGUGUAACUGGUACUUGGAGGGCUUUUCAAAUAGUGCGGCAAAGCUAAAAAAACUCCAAAAAGGUUUUCUUUUGGGAAAUCUCUUGAAUAGUGUUUUCCGAUCAAAAAAAUCUGAAUUCUAAAUUCAGAAAAAGAAUGUAUUAUGUCAUUUUUUUCUUUGAGGAUUUUGCAUUCUUACCUUUUCAAAUUAGUUUUUUUAUUUUAAGUCAAAAAGCAUUAUGAUAUUCAUUCUCGCCGUUUCAAUUUCAUUUUUAGAACUGUUAAGGAAAAAAAUCCUGUCGAGAACCAAAUAACAGUUGAAAAAGUUUAUUAAAUCUCUGGCUUUAAAACCCAAAGUUUUUUUUUGAUAAAAAUUUAGUCACUUUUCUCUGUUAGCUUCCGUUCAUUCAAAAGAAGAAAAGCUUUUUUUAAAUCAAAUUUUAUGAGAUACGCUUUCAAUUUUAUCUUAGAAUACCUCUUUUCUUUUCAAAACUUGAUAAUUAACAGGUAAAUUCAUAUCGGACCUCUCCAUGUACAAGCAGAACAUAAAAUCGUUCACUGAUAUGUGCAUCGACUACUUGCGCAAAGAUGCUGAGCUGUUGAACCAAAACGUGCCUGUGAGUGAUCGCUUGAGGGAGGUGGAUGAGAAAGAAUGUCAGGGACAACGCAUACCGCCGGGAAACGCGCUGGAACCGUCGAUAGUUCCGAAUCCAGAAGAGGUGGACGACGUUCACGCCUUCCGAGGACCUCACCAUGGAAUGUCGACCUCCUCGACUCUCGAAUUACUUGCAGGCGGUCUGGUUGAGAGCCUUGUCACCGCCGAGGACGAGUCUCCCAUGAUGGUUCAUUUUGAACUCGUUUGAAUAAGAAAUGAAAAAACUAAAUCAUAUGAAAUAUGAUUGUCGUAUUUUGUCUGUUUUUCUUAUUUUACUUUUGAUGCCCUUAGUCUAAUAUAAUUUUUUUUAACAGUACAGAACUUAAUUGGUUCAGGAGGAAGGCUUGACUCUCAAAAAAAUUUAAAAAAAAACAGGUAUAAAAGUUUGUUUCAAGCCCAGAGAGGGGGUGUUGACAAUCGUAAUUUUUAUUUUCGGAAGGUAGUAACGACUUCAAUUCAUGAAAACUCGGAUGGAGGGGUUGGCAGCCUUUAAUAAUGGUCUUCCCAUUUAUGAACUCGAUUUCAGAAUGCCAUAUUAUUUCUUUCCUCUGUUCUUGCAACAUGUUUAGCCUGACUGAAAGCUGUAGAUUUUUUUUACAAAAGCUCAGCGAAACUGAUAAGACAAAAAUUGCAGCUCGAGCGGAAAUACGCCUUGAGAGCUGUACGAAACUUCGAAGGCUUGAAAACAGCUUAUGAGAGUAUUCGUAUGAGAGGAAAAUGGGCAUACGGUCGGUUUUUCUCAAUUUCAAUAGUAUUUUUUUUUUUUUUACAGACAAUGACGCAGUUGCGCCCGCCAAGCUACCUUCUUUCGCAGACACUUUACCGAGAGGGCCGUCGCCGGAACGCACUUAUAAUCAAAACGAACGCUUCGACGCUUUCUCCAAAGUUUAUUUUUGUCAUCUUAUCAUGUUUUCUUAUCUCGCGAUUUACCCGUUUUUGUUUUAUCUGAACGUUUUGAAGAAUUGGCUCAAUGGGAAAAGUUCCUUAAAACCAUUCACGAAUGCAGUUUAUAACUUCGUUUUUAGAAAGUAGCAAGGUAUUAUGUCAAUUAAAAAGUAGUAGCUCUGAAAAAAAAAAAUUAUUUUCCUUUUCUGGCCAUACAUUUUUCGACGCAAAAUCCUGUAAUCUUCGAGUUCAAUCAAUCAAAUCAAUUAUUUUGUUGUUUUAGUCAGAUAUAAUCGAUUAGGCGGUGAACUAGAACUUUAAAAGCUAUAACGAACAACUGCCUUUGGCGGGCUAGAAGUCCUAGCGUGUAGGCGAAAAAGUGGAAAGCAUGGUUUUACGGUCCUUCGCCUCAAGCUUCUGCGCAUAGUCCGUUCAGUUGCUCUUUGCCGAGCUCAGAAUUAAGCGGCUGUUGUAGCUGGAGCCCGGAGACCGUGCUCUAAGUGAAAGCCUCGAAAUGAGAGCGACCACAUCGAGUGAAGAUUUUACACGGAAGUUCAUAAAAAAAUAACUUUUCAGUUCUUCAAUAACGUCAUCAAGUAUGGAGGGGCUCACAAAGUCGCCAAACUUCAAUACGACGUCGAGCCCCACUAUGGAAUGUCCAUCGUUUCCAGGUCUUGGAGCGAAAUUCAAAGUUUUAAUUUUAUAUUCUCCUUUUCAGUUUGGAGUUCAAUUGCGAUGGUGAUCAAUUUGUCGUGGCGGGUGUCACCAGAAAGAUUAAGGUCAAAAAAUGAUUAUUAUUUCGUUUCGUAGCAUUCCUAGUCUUCUUUCUGUUCCUUUCAAAUCACCAAUUUUUUUCAGGUUUUCGAUUUCAAUGCGGUUCUUUCGAAUACCGACCGUUUACAUCUACCGGUUAAUCAGCUGGUCUGCUCAAGUAAAAUUAGGUUUUAUUUCUUGUUCAAGUUAUUGUUUUCAUUUUUUUUUUUGCAGUUCGGUUUGCUGGAAUCCAUAUCAUCGGAAUAUUCUUGCGUGUACGGAUUAUGAAGGAGUUGUCUCGUUGUGGGACAUCCGCGGGGUAGGUUUUUGGAAAGAAAAAUGCUGACUGUUCAAAAGAGAUACUUGGAAAACGAUGAAAUUCUUAGAGGAACUAUUAGCUAUUGGCUUGAAAACACGACUUUUAUCAAACAACUAUGCCCGUUGACAAAAUUUCCUUUAAGAGCUCUCCAAAAAGGAAGUUCCACGAGCACGGCAAACGGUGUUGGAGCGUCGCCUUCAACAAUAUGGAUCCGAAUGUACUGGCCAGUGGCAGCGAUGACUCAAAGGUAGGUAGCCGCUUUGAAGGCCGAGGAGGCAGCGAUGCGCCGUGGCCGAGUCGGUUGCGCGCUUGCCUCGCACCCACGAGGUCGCUGGUUCGACCCCGUGCCAUGAUGUCAUUUCUUUACUUAUAAUCUGUCAAUCCUCUGAGAGUUUCUGACGAGAGAAUGGUAAUCUGAGCACUUCUUUUGCUUUUGUUUUAAAUGUUAUACAGAAAUUUUUAAUACAUUAGUUUCAUUUUAAUAAUCAAUGAUGGUUUUAAUUUUUCUAGAGAUGCGAAAAAAACCAUGGGAAUGAUUUUUUUAAAACAUAAUAGAGGUGAUGUCGACUUAAAAAUUAGAAUGACUUGAUUGGAGGUAUUGGCGGCGUUUAAAAAAAUAGUCUGCUCAUGUACUAAGGAAAUCCAGAGUGGUAUAAUGGUUAGGUAAAAAAACAGCCCCUAUAUGGGUCAAAAAAAGAUCUUUAUAGGGGUUAAAUUUAGGUAGUCUCUUAGAGGUUUAUGGCCCGACUUUUUAGCCUCUAAAGGUCAAGUGGUCUCUAUAGGGGUAUUUCAAUUUUUUGUUCAGGUUUGCAAAGAAAUAAAUCUUGAUAGUUUCAUCCUAUUUUUAUGUUUUCCAUAAAAAUAGUCGAGCAGCAUGUCCCGUAUAGGGGGCACUAACUGAAACUCAUCUACGGAACACUUUUGCAAGUUUUAAGGGCUUUAGAGGUUGAUAAAGCGGUCCCUCCAAGGGUUUCCCCGAAGUUUUCCCUAUAGGGCCACUUUGAAGUUUCUAAGUAUGUAUGCUACCUAGCCAGAAGUAGAGAAAUCACUUCGCUCAUGGCAUUUUUUCAGGUGAAGAUAUGGUCGACAAACUGCGCGGACAGCGUGAUAACGAUCGACGGACGCGUCAACGUUUGCUGUGUGGCGUGGAGCCCCAGCAGCAGUUAUGAACUUGUUUUCGGCUCGGCCGGUUCGUGAUCUUCCGAGAAAUUGAAAUCGAAAAUGAUUAUCAUCAACUUUGAAUAACAAUGAAAAGUAACCAAACUUUUGAGGACAGUUUGAAAUCGACUUUUUAAAUACUGAGAAAACCACCUGAGACCAGUGCCACAAGCGCCCGAAUUUGAAGGCGUGAUGGGUAAGUUGGUAACAGAUACGUGUUGCCAACUUAAAGCGUAUAAAGGAACUUAAAACUUCAUUUUUUUUUUCCAACUAAAAUCAUCGCAAAAUGUCCAAAAAAAAACAGAAAAAGGUGCAGUUUCCCUCACGAGUUAAUCGUAGGGUGCUACGACAAGAGCGAGUUUUCCAUUUGCGAGGAGUACUGUAUGCGGAAAUCCGUAUCGAGUGCAUACAUUUUGCGUGUUUACACUUUCGUUGCGUGACGUCACCGGGUCGGAAAUCUUCGAGUUUUUUUUUCGAAUAUUUUUCAAUUUUUUUCUUGAUACUGUUUUUCAUCGUGCAAAUAUCCUCGAGAAAAAUGCAAAUCUUGAAAAAAGCAAAAAAAAAAGUUGAAAAAUGUCCGCAACGGGAAAACUUGCUCUUGUCGUAGCACCACCCGUAGACGCGGCUUAGGAAGGCCAUGCCUUUUUGCGUCCCAAGCUAGCCGUGAAUUGGUAUAUAAAAUCUUCGUUUUUAUACCUUGAGCAAUUUAAAACGUAUCCUAAUGAAAAGCUGACUUUUGCGGAGGAAGUCGCUAAAUUUGAAGUUCAUAAAAAUUAUUUAUGACAUGCAAUUCAGUGUGUUUAAUCAAUAUGAAGGGUGAGAAAGUAAAUAUGAAGAGGACAUUACUACGACAAGGUUUUCAGGAUUUCUGAAAUUUCUUAGAGGAGAAAGGGUUUAAAGAUGAGAAUAUUUUAUAUCGCGCAGCCGUUUCGGGUCCCAAAAAUGGACGGCUUAGAGGGUGACCCAUCGUCAGCAUUUUACCCUCUUUCUUUAAAUCAAAAAGAUAUAAAAAGUUUUUAAGCUAUUACACCUAGGCGCAGUUUUAAAUUAAUAAAGUUUGGAAAAUUGAAAAGGAAAAAGAAAAAAACUGAGAAAUGAAGGGGGAAGAAAAAGAAAAAGAAAAAGGGAGGGGAAUGUAGUCAUCCAUAUCCGAUAUCGAUUGUAGGCGGCAGAGGUCAAAAGUUACGAAGAGGUAGAUUAAACUUAUGUUCUUGUGGAAGUCUAUAUUGAGAAUAUAAAGGUAAAAUAUAGGUUGAAUUUUGGAAUGUAGAGUGAAGAAGGGAUAUUUAUAAUGAAAUGUGUAUUUUUUGCAAAACUAAAUCCGAUUUUUCUUUGAAUUUAGUCCUAUUUAAAGUUUUUUUAAUUCAGAUCACGCCGUUCACCACUAUGACAUUCGGCAGCCUUCGAGGCCACUACAGAGACUCGUCGGCCACACGAAGGCCGUCUCCUACGUGCGCUAUCUCAACGACCACGAGGUCGUGUCGGCCUCGACGGACAACACCUUGAGGCUGUGGGACCUGCCCGGACGCCAGUGUACCAAGAUUAUGCGUGGCCACACCAAUGAGAAGAACUUUGUCGGCUUGUCUUCUUGUGGCGACCAUAUUGUCUGCGGUCCGUCACUUUUUUGGAGUGGAACACCAGAGUCGUCCUUAGGGUUCCAUGAAGGUUCCCCUCUAAGGGACACUAAAGCUUACAAAAGUGUUAUUUGAUUCUUGUUCUGAACUCUAUGAGAGGAAGCAUUUCCAUGCGAAGAUUUCAAUAACUUGGCUCUUUUUUUUUGAAUAUCAACAGAGGGUGAAUUUUUCAUGUUUGGCCAAAAUCUGGACAAAAGUUAAAAGACCGUAUAGGACCACCAAUUUUACCGCUAUAGGAGACACUUUUUAGGUCGUUUCCGUAAGUUGAGUUUCUAAAUAAAAUAAUUGUUGUUCAGAGAAGGCACUAAAGUGUGAAAUACGCCCCAAAUUCCGGUUCAUUCACUCGAAAAAUAUUAAAAGAAGGCCUUUCAACGAUAAGUCAAACCGUAUGAAAAAAAUGUUCAGGAGUAUUUUAAAUUAGUCGUAAACUUUAAUUAGUUUUUUUUUCUGUCGUGCUUGCUCUCAAUCAAUGCUACAGGAAGCGAAAACAACAAAGCCUACUUCUACUGCAAGGACUACUCGCGGCCGUUGUUCGUCUUCGACAUGUACUUAGACUUUUCGGCGUCGCCGAAGGUCUUCGUCGAUGACCCGGGCUACGAUCUGUCCCCUUUUAUCAAUUCGAGCUUGAUCACCGGCCCCCCGGAUCGCAGCACGAUUGUUCAGGUCUCUCAAAAGUCUCCUUCUUCUGAUAACGUUUUCAGGAGCACGACUCCUUGGUCGACGAGAUCGACACCACCGCCACGGAAAUGCCGAUGCAGCCGACGACUGCCGCCGAAGACCCACGCCUGCCGCGGCAGGUCGUCGUCAUCGAAUCUGACGGCGCAGCAGGAAGCGGCGCACGAGCCAACUCUGAGUCGCCAAUUUAUUCGGUCGACUCGACGGCCCCGCCAGCUGGCUCGUACGCAGCGAACGUGUCGACGACGUUGAUGUCCCUUCUGCCACCGCCGCCGCAACCGCAGUCGUCGCGGUCGACGGCUUCUGGCAGCGGACGUGUCGUAACUAUACCGCCAGAGAACAAGGGCUUCGUAUCGAGCGUCUGCUGGCGCCCCGUGAGUAGUCAACCAACAAAGAAAGACGAAAUCUCUUUUCUUGCUUUCGGAAAAACGUAAAUAAAAAGGAGAAGAUAAAUAAUAUAUCCUAUUUACGGCCAACUUGGGACGCAAAAAGGCGUGGCCUGUCUGUGCUCUCCAUGAACCAGGCACUGUCUAUUUUCUUAUCGUUUCAGAACCCUUUUUGGAUGGCUCAAGUCAGCCGUGAAUCAGCUAUAAACAUUAGACUUUUUUCCCCAACUUGAGAGGUUUACCGAGAAAAUAAUUGAAUUCAGUGGUUCUUUGGCUAGUCAAAAUGGCCACCCAAAAGACCAAUUUAAUUUCUUUCAAAGUUUCCACUUCAAAACUUUUUUUUUUAAGGUUUCUCAUUAAUUAAUUUCUAAAUGACUAGUUUAUUCGAGUUUGAAAUAAAAUAUUCAAAAAGUGAAAUAUAUUUUACAUCAAUUUUAAUAUUAAUUUUCAGAAAAGCAAUACCAUACUUGUUGCCAACAGCAUCGGGAAAGUGUUGAUCCUACGGGCUAAUUAA